AUGCCGUUCCGCAGUGAGGUCGACCCUCUGUUGCCUCAGAAUGAGCCUGCACCUGAGAUAGCUGGCUACGGCGGCAAGAAAGUCAGCUAUGGCUCCCAAUACAUACAACCCGAGGAGCCCCCAGCGUAUGAAUCUACGAUCGAAGAGGAGGAGGAUGAUACCCAAAGUUCCACGAAACGCGCUCUGGGUAACAUAAUUGCAAUCUUCAGCGUCGUAGUAUCGUUCGCCUUGAUCGCUCUUUUCCUCAGUCCGACGAAUCCCGCUGAUCGCGACCCAAUACACCACCUCCCACCUCCACACGGCGGCGGGCACGGCAUUCAAGAUCGAGUAUCAGCGAUACUCAAGGAAACGCCGUUGCUUGACGGCCACAAUGACCUGGCUAUCUUCAUUCGAGCGGCGUACAAGAAUAAGAUCCACACGAAGAUUUUCAAGAAGAAGUUUGAGAAGGGUGGAAUGGAGUUGAACGUAGACUUACCAAGGCUUCGCAAAGGUUUGGUUGGUGGUGGCUUCUGGAGCGCCUUCGUGGUCUGUCCAGAGGAUGCCAGUACAGACUUCUCCGACCAAGAGUACGCCGAGUCGGUCUCACACACCCUUUCGCAGAUUGAUCUGCUUCGUCGUCUCCAGACACAGUACCCUGCUCAUUUCACAUCUGCCGAUGCAACCUUGUCCGAGGCUCUUCACAGGUUUCACGCCGAUAGGUCCCUCAUCUCGCCCAUUAGCAUCGAGGGCCUCCACCAGAUCCCACAAACCGCUCCACUGGCAACCCUUCGGUUGUAUCACACCCUCGGCGUCCGUGCCGCCACUCUGACAUGGAACUGCCACAACGCUUUCGCCGACGCGGCGUUGAUCUCCCGCAACGGCAGCACAACAAUCGCACCCUACCACCGAGGCGGGCUAACUCCGGCCGGUCGAGACGUGGUUCGUGAGAUGAAUCGCCUGGGAAUCCUAGUGGACAUCUCGCAUACCUCUUACUGGACACAGAAAGCAGUUCUGAGUGACUCGACUUCCGCGGCGCCUGUCAUCUUCUCGCACUCCUCUGCAUAUUCGCUCUGCCAUCAUCCACGCAAUGUGCAGGAUGACAUUCUGGAUCUAGUCAAGAAAACCAGAAGCUUGGUGAUGGUCAACUUCUCUCCCAGCUUCAUCUCCUGCCACCCUUCGAAGAGUGAUUUCGAGCUUCCGGAGUUCUACGAAAAGAACAACACGCUCCACCAAGUGGCGCGCCACAUUGUGUACAUCGGCGAGAGAAUUGGCUACGAUCAUGUCGGUUUGGGUAGCGACUUUGACGGCAUGGGUGAACUGACUCCCCGCGGUCUCGAAGGCGUGGACAAGUACCCAGAUCUGAUAGCCGAAUUGUUGAGGAUGGGCGUCGGCGAUAAAGAAGCAUCGAAAAUUGUCGGUGGGAACCUCCUGCGGGUGUGGAGUGCGGCCGAAGACGUAGCAAAGAAGCUACGCAACGAGGAGCAAGAGGGUGAGGACGAUGUUCACGGCUAUGAGCUUUAG